AUGGUAAGUUGCCAGGCUAGGCAAUCAUUCAACCUCUUUUUUUACUUCACAUCACAGUUUCAUCUCUUACCUCUUCAUUUUCAGGUGCCUGAAAUUAGCAACUCAGCUGUGGAGCUCAAUGGGGUUCUCCUAAAUCAUGCUUUAGUUACAUUUCGUGAGCUACUUCUAAAAUGCGCUCAGCACUACUCAUGGUAUGUAUUAAGGGCAAUUUAUGUAACAAAGGGAAGCAAAUUGCUUCCUCCAUCUUUUGCCUCAAUUUUUUAUGACUCUGCUUCAUCUGUUCUUGAUGUCUUCUUCGACCCUUCUGAUGGAUCGCUCAACGUCCCUGGCCUUACCAUAGGCAUGUUUAAAUUUAUAAGCAAGAACAUGAAGUCGGGUGGUUUUUCUGGAACAAAACGGUACCUUGGUGAUCUCGGGAAAACUGUUAAAACUGCAAGUUCGAACGCUCUCUUUGCUGCUGUCACAGAAAUUUCAGAUAGUGUUGUUAGAGGAGCGGAAACAAAUGGUUUGAAUGGCAUGGUUACUGGUUUCCCAACACUGUUUUUUUGCUAUUUUUGCAUGCAGAUGCUCGAGGAGGAUGUGGCAGUUCCAGUCUCAUCUGCUAAUGAAGCUCCAAAGGAUACUACAAAGAUGGACACAGAUGAUGCACCAAGUGAUCCUGUCUCUGGAACUGAUGUGAAUGUGCAUGAGCCUGAUACUACUGAGGCUGCUCCUGCAGCUGAAAAUGGAGCAGAAAAUCCCGAGGAAAAAUCUGUUCCAAUGGAAACUGAUGCAAAGGUUGAGCCAUCAGAAAGGAAAGUUAAGAGAACUUCUGUUCCGGUCCAUGCAUUGGUCUAUGGUGCCUUGGCUGUAGCUGACCUGCAGAAGGCUGUAGAGAAAGAGUAUGAGAUGGCUCUUCAGGACAGAGUAAUGGAAGAAACCAAAGAGAAGAAAAAUGUUGUGGAAGCUUAUGUCUAUGACAUGCGUAACAAGCUCUACGAUAGAUACAACGAUUUUGUGACACCUGAGGAGAAGGGUUGAUUGGAAAGCUUCGGGAGGUUG